GUCGCUUGACGUACCGAGAUGCGCGCGCAUCGCCUGUGGCAUCGCACACUAGAGCAUUUGUGUAUGUUUGUGUUGUGCUUUCCGUAGCCGCAACGAGCUGAUGUACUACUACAAAAACGCGCUGAUGGACCAAACGAGAGCUGAGAUGAAAUCCUGAAACCCGCCGUGGCUUUCUUGGGAACAUGAACGGUUCUCUUGUAGGGCCGAAAAAAACCGCAAUAUGUCGCUACUUCGCCACCGGGGGAACUUGUUUCUACGGUUCCGAGUGUCAAUUCCUGCACGGACCGUCUACCACUGCUUGCUUGAACACUGAUCUUGGAAUACGUGAUUCACAGCUGUCACUCAUGGUGCGGACACCCGAAGGUACCACAAGUCCCGCCUUGGACCCUGUUUUCCAAGCUUUUUCACCACCAUCGAACCUCCCAGCUGAGUCCAAACUCAAAACAUACAUGAAUGUAUCCGCACGCACAAUUUCACCGUCCUCACUGGACAAAUCGAAAAUAUUUUCAUCUUCAAACAGCAUCUCACCUAAUGAAAUUACAAGUGCCCUUUCAUCAUUGGCUUUGGACUCUGCGAGAAAGACUCCGAACCCCGGUGCCGCCGAAUUUGUACCAAUGAACAGCAUGUUGAGCCCUGGCCAAUUAACGCACAGCACCAGCACACCUUCGUUCUCACAGUUUUCUGGAAGUCUAAACUUGACCCCUGGCAGCAGCCCAUAUAGUCGGUUAGCACCUGACACACCAUCUGGCCUGUCUUUGGGGAAAAUGGAAAGUCCCGGCUUGUCUCCUGAUGGCUCCCCACUAGUGAGCCGCCGCAGCCAGUCACCAAUGUCAGUUGGAGGCUACUUGAACACACAGCGGGAGCCUUUUCCUCCAACAACAGUUUACCAGGAGUUUCUGGGUGGCACCACCUACUUCUACCAACAUGAAGAAGCCGGAAACUCGACGGAGGAAGGCCAAGCCGUCCUGCUUCCCGAAUACCAGAUGUACCCUGGAAACCCGGCACACAUUGAGUUCAUGAAGCCCAAAGCCAACGCACCUUCCUUCUUUCUUCCAGAUGAGCUCAGAAUGGAUAUCUUGCAUCGUCAGAGUUUAAGCCUUGCUCAAAGAAACCCAGAAGUGAAUACUGACCUGCCAACAGAAGUUGACAAUUAUCAUAACAUUUGCCCCCUGGAACCAAGUUCCUCGAAUGGGCCGCCCAAAUCCAGCACUUUUGGAUAUGUGACGUCAGUCUACAAGGCAACAAACAUCAAGACUGGCUGCUGCUACUGCUUGAGGAGGGUGCAUGGCUUUCGUCUCGGCAACACCAAGUGCAUGGCAGUGGUUGAUCUUUGGAAGAAGUUGCAGCACUCCAAUCUUGUGCACCUGCGGGAGGUUUUCACCACUAAGGCAUUUGGAGAUCACUCAAUGGUGUUUGUCUACGACUACCAUGCUGGCGCGGACACCCUAAUGAGCCAGUACUUCAGCCAGCCUUCCAUGCCAACGCUGAAUGGCUUUUGCCCACCUGUCUAUCCCCAGCCUUCCAAUGGGCUCACGAGGCCUUUUUCUCACGGAAAGCCUGCUCUGGGCUCCUUGCGCCAGCAUGCUGGACUGCUGCCUGAGAGCCUUAUCUGGGCCUUUGUGGUGCAGUUGAGCUCGGUGCUGCGCACUAUCCAUGCAGCCGGCUUAGCGUGCCGCUCCUUUGAGCCUUCCAAAAUUCUGGUCAUGGGCAAGUCACGCCUGCGCCUCAACUGCUGUGGCAUCAUGGACGUGCUCACGUUCGACUCAGCUGUACCCAGUGCGAAGGCGCUUGUGCCUCACUAUCAGCAAGAAGACUUGGUUUCCUUGGGGAAGUUGGUACUUGCUCUGGCCUGCAACACCAUGGCGGCGAUUCAGCGCGAAAACUUGCAGCAGUCAAUGGAUCUGGUGUCCCGCAACUACUCAACUGACCUCAGGAACCUGAUCUUGUACCUGCUGUCCUCACCACCUCGUACGCACAGUAUUAAUGACAUCAUGCCCAUGAUUGGGGCUCGGUUCUACACACAGCUGGAUGCUGCACAGAUGCGCAGUGACGUCAUUGAAAACGAACUUGCAAAGGAAGUGGAAAAUGGAAGGCUCUUCAGGCUGCUUGUGAAACUUGGCACAGUCAGUGAAAGACCAGAGUUUCAUCUGGACACAUCGUGGUCUGAAACUGGCGACCGCUACAUGCUUAAGCUCUUCAGAGAUUACCUCUUCCACCAAGUCACGAAGGAUAAUAGGCCUUGGAUAGACAUGGCUCAUGUAGUGCAGGCAUUGAAUAAGCUGGAUGCUGGUGCGCCCGAGAAAAUCUGCCUCAUGUCACGGGACGAGCAAAACAUCCUCGUUGUCAGCUACACUGAGCUGAAGCAGUGCCUCGAGUCUUCAUUCAGCGAGCUACUGUCUGCCACGUCAUCAGCGCCACCUUCAACGUCUCUUCCCCCACCUACAGUUAACCAGCACGCACGGUGACCACACAGAAUGUUGUUUUCUUUUAUGUUCGCUGCCACUUCGGUAUGUACAAGCACUUUGCUUGCAUUUGAUUGUGCUGCCAGUGAAGAGUUACUCGGGUUCAGAGGCCCCUGAUAAGUGACGGUUUCAGCAUUUUCGCAACGAGCACCUUACUAGUGCCACUGCUUUCUGUGCAUACGCAGCAAUUUUCAUUACGCUAGUUGAUGCAACAGGCUAUCGCUUUUUUUGUUUGUUGUCAUUUUUUUCUUCUUCCUUCUUUUUCUGUCUCUUGAUAGUCUUGACAACUGGUGACGGGUUGCUUCUUUUUUUUGGACAUUUGCACUAAGUGUAAGGCAUUGACUGUUGAGCUCGGUGGUCUCCUUUCUUUUUCAACCUUGUGGCACCCUUGAGAGCUUUUCUCCGUUUUGCUCUAAUAAGAUUAUUUUUUGUUCUGUCCUUUUUAAGAAGUGUAGUCAGCGAAUCUAUUUACGCACACUUUUGUGCAGCCUUGGAAGUUGCUUUUCGUCUUGAGCUUUAUUAGUGAUAUUUCUGGUCUCCCUCCCCACUUGAUUAUGUUUUUUUGUUUGUCCUCUGUGGUGCACUUUGUCUUGUACUUAACGUCAGUGCUAUUGCAUACAACUUCUGCCACAAAGUGGACAUAGUAUUGUGCCAAUGACUGUGGUGCAGGAAGCUAAGCAGCACAAGCUUCAUUUUGCUUUCUCUUAUUACUGAACCACUGCUAUUCAUAUGGCACUAUGAUAAUGAACUUAAUGCAUAACUGUGAGGUGCGGGGGGAACCAAGAAAAAGUGCUUUUGCAUGUGUAGAUGUAUUCUGUUGUUUCUUCCGCACUUAAACUUCUGCACCCAGAGAGAUUAAUGCAGAAGCUUGUUGAACGUUUUUGUUGAGUCUCGAGGCAGCUAAAUUCUAGUGAAAGUGCAUGCUCCUGUACCGUAGCAUUCUGUCUAUAGCUGUUACCGUAGUUUCACUUGGGUGUGGAAUGCAUGGUUUAUGUCGCACGCUGUAGCUGUCCGAUGUGUCGCUAUGCGUCUCCUCAUUACGCUCUGCUAGUGGUGGCCAACCAGCUGAUCUUGCCACUACAGCAAUAAUGGAUUUGCUGCAUGCUUUUGCUGUUUCGUAUGGUUUGUUACAAGUUCGUGUUGUUCAAGGAAGCCUAUUAGGACCCUUUCUAUUCCGAGUCCUUCCAGGGGCCAUAUCCUUGAUCACUCACUUUAUCACGUUCGACAUAAAUCCAGUGGAAGUGGGUGUGCGUAAAAAGGACUGGAGACAUCCCAUGAGCACUAUUUUUUUUUGUGGCAUCGUUCUCGAAUAUAUUUAUGAGACGCCCGUCACCCCAGUGAGUUGUUGGGCCACACGGAAAGUGAAAGUAUCACCUUAAUAUGAUUGGUCACUUCUACUGUGUUGCCCCUUGUGGCAAGACAAGAUAUGUAUAAAACUUCACUGCUGAGAGCACAAGACCAGGCCGCAAGUCUUGCCACUAUGGCAAUCGAUGUUGUAACACGACACAGGGUUAUAUAUCCUACAUGUGUGUGCGAACUUUGACUGCCCUCCAACCUUAAAGCUCGAACUGCAACAUUCAGCGGCUGCAGUUUAUCUGUUGAUGACAGUGGGAAUGUUAGCUCUGUUGAAACGGAUUUAUUUUAAGCAAACAAGGCAUUUAUUUUUUUAAAUGUGCUACUGAAGAAGAAAGGGUACCUGAGGCCCUGCGAAUACAAAGCUGGACAAAAGAAGUGCCGUGGCAUGUUUUACUCAUCGUUUUGUUGAUGAUAUCUUGUCUUAUAAAGACCACCUGCUUAUUUUGCAAUAAGUUUCAUGAAGUCGGUUUUUCUUAUCUCGCCUGGUUUAUUUGUGCGGAGUACAAGGACAGUUUCGUAACAUUGCUCACAUGAUUAUAAUACAAAAGUUUAUUACAAAUGUUAGUUGCAAUUGCAGGAAGUUGCAGCACUUUGUGUUGGUUGAAUGUUCAAUGUUCACCAAAUUAAGUUAUAGGUUUUAGUUAAGAUUGGACACUGCUCACCAGACAUCGUAAACUGUGCAGAUGUGUGCCGAUUUUGACAGCCUGCAUAAAUGUGAUCAAACAAAGUUGCAUAUCUUGGCUCUUAGUAUUUUGUUACGAAAAGGUGGUGCGAAGCUCUUAACACUUACGUCGCUCAAGGAACUUGCACACAGCUUGCUGAUUCUUUUUAUAAAGAUACUGGUAAUUGCUAUAAUAUUCAAUAUUUUUUCAUUAUAAUUUGUACUUUCUGUUUGCUCCAGCGUUCAUAACUGUUUGUUUUCUUGGUGAAAAAGAAAAAAAAAAUCCAUAUCGUAGUUCAACUCGUGGAGGCUGCCAUGAGACAUUGUCGGUGUUAGCGCACUGUUACGAAAUCUUCCAUGUACUCUGAAUCGGUGUGAUGUCUGCAGAAAAUGUCCAUCAGCCUUCAGCCUGCAUACUCAGGCUGAUGGACAUCGCUCAUACUGAGCGAGAAAUCUGUUCUUUCUUUUUCCUAACAAAAGCAGCAAGUGUUCACAAUUCUUCAGUAAUACUUAAUGUUAUUCCUUAAUUCCUUCCAUGUUCCAUGUUCACAUGGCUUUUUCAUGCCACUGCUUAGUGCUGUUGUUGUGGCAGGUGUGCUCAUGUGAUCAUGGUUGUUCUUGCCCCUUUAUUAGCCAGGUGCUUUUGUUGCUAACUUUGUGGCUUCCAAUGGCCCUGUCGGAACAUCUUGGUACCUUAUAGUUUAAAUAUUUGCCUGUAAAUACAACUGUACAUACAUGACACACACGCACACACAUACCUUUUUGUAUGCUUCUAUAUGCAUAUAUAUAUAUAUUAUAUAUAUACUUAUGGAGCCAAACUCAGAUUGUGGUACUCACAUUAUUGGACUUUGAAUCACUGUCAUUAAUCUCAUUUGUAAUGCGUGCAUUUACGUGUGAAGGGGAUCAGUAUGGUUGUGAAGUGCUUGCUGGCAUCAUGUACAUAACUCACGUAUGUAUAUGUACAUAAAGGUAGGCAUGACAUACAUACAUGGGCGAGUGGAGUUGGGGGAAUAUUGUAGUGGAUUGCAGAAGAUCAUUGGCAGCAGAGAGCUUGUUUUGUGCGGCAGGUAACUAACUUUACCAAUUGCUUUCUUACAUAUGGCCACUUUGUUACUUCAAAUCGUGUUAAGAAUGUGCUGUAAUCAAAGCAUGGUGCAUUCUUACAAUUCGCUGUUACGUGCAGCGGCCUCAUCUUGUCAGAUGCACAAGUGUUCCAAGUUCUCUGAAAAGGGGUACAAACUAGGCAGAAAACAUUUAAGCAUAGUCAUUGGUCACACAGCCUGUGUAGCUUUUCUUGCUGUGAUCUGUUUGUACUUCAUGCAAUCCAGUGUGAGCAGUCUUAAAAGAAAACUUCACUUUUGUGCUGUGGACUGUAUGCAUGGGUACCUAUUUCAGUAGCACGUAACAUUGGCUGUGCAACGUAGAUGUAGUGGAAGAUCUGUUUCGCUAUGCUGACUAGGGUGCAUGCUUUCAUUCAUACUGCUUUGGAGCCAAAUUAUUCACAUGCCACGUUUAAGCAAUCACAGUUAAAUAUGCUGGUAAGCUUCUCCUUCUCGUGCUUGUGGGCAUAAUGCAUAUGUUAGCAUAGCUUUAGCGGAGGGCAGCCUUUGUGUCACAUUCCAUUUAAGAUCCCCCACCUGUUAUAUCUUGGGAAUGAUGCCUGUAGUGAGUAAGGUUGCCAUUAUGUGAAUCAUAAUUGAGCUACUCGCUUGGACCUAGCCGAGGACAGAUCUGCUGCUGGCUUAAUAGGCCUAAUCCCUCGGUUAAUCUUUCAACCCAUUGAAGCGCUAUGUGCUUCAUCACUUUGAGAAAAACAAACAAAACAAUUACUUUUAAGAGUACAAAUAUGGUGUGUCAUUUUGAGCUGGAUGUUGGGCUAUGUUGGAUCAAUUCUUAGACUUGAACAUUGACAAGCGUGUGUGAUUCCAGGCCAUUCGAUAAAGAUGCGAGGGUCCUAGUGGCGUUUGUGUGCACCAAAGCCAUUUUGGGAAGUUGUUCUGUGCAAGGGUGGUUGUUUUUUGAAAAGUGCUUGCCAUUUAGGAUGUAAGUGAGGUGUCAGUUGUGGUUUGCCAAUAAGACACGACAGUGUCCCUUUUUUUUUUUUUUCAGCUUUAAACAGACUGCACAAUGGCAAAGCAGCACAUGAAAAUGUGGUCAUAAAAGAAGGGUAUGAGGGAGCUGUUAGUUCUGUUUUAGGUGUGUGUCUUUCUACAAAUGUAAAUAAGUGGCGAUUUUUUGUACAGUUCCUGUAAGAGCUAUUUUUAUUGGAAAAUAAAGGUUGAAAACCCUUA